UUGUGGACAGCCCGGAGGGGGCCUUCGGAGCGGGGGGCCUUUGGCUCCAGGGCCGCUGUAGCCAUGGCAACUGGGCGGGGGGAAGGAGGAGAAGGAAGCAGCGCCUUCCUGCCCGGCCCUGCGGCCGCCCGAGUGAGGUUCACCAUUGCUGAGGAUUCUGAUGAGGCCACUCCCAGCACCAGGACCGGGAUGACCUUCACUGCACAGAAGUGCGGGGUCUGCUUCCAGCCUCCAUCCAUCGUCCUCAUCUACAGAGACCACAGCCAGGAUAAGACCCGCCGGCGCAUCAUGCCCGUCAGGAAUUUCUCCAGGUUCUCAGACUGCAGCAUGGCCGCCGAGCAGCUGAAGAACAACCCUCGGCACAAGUCCUACCUGGAAGGGGUCUCGCUGCGACAGCUCCAGAAGCUCUACAGUUUGCUGAGAGGUCAUCUGGGAGGAGAGAGCCUGGCUGAGAGCUUGGAAAAGUUUCAGCAGGAAGAAACCAUUGACCCAGAGGAAGAUAUGAACAAACUAGAUGACAAGGAACUAGCCAAGAGAAAGAGCAUCAUGGAUGAGCUCUUUGAAAAGAACAGGAAGAAGAAGGAUGACCCUGAUUUCAUCUAUGACGUUGAGGUGGAGUUCCCACAGGAUGAGCAGCUGGAGUCCUGUGGCUGGGACCUGGAGUCAGAUGAAGAAAUCUGAUUCCAGACAGAGACAAACCUCACUGUCCCAGCAGAGAGGAUGAUGUUGGUGCUGCAUGGAACUGAUGCACAUUGGCUACAGAGAAUCUGAGGGACCACAGCAGUCCCAGGGUUAAGGGAGCUUUGUUUAAGAAGCCAGACUUGAUGAAAUGGAAACUGGGCAGCUGAAAUUGUUGGGUGGUUUUAGUCUUUUCCUACAUAAAAGAAUUUAUUUAAUCUUUCCAUUUUUUUACAUUUCAGUCAGCUUUGGCUGAAAAUGAAGUGUUAAAUAUUCAUGUCCUGAAAGCACUGUUAAAGCUGUAUUGCACAAGUAGAGUGUUUCUUAUUGCCUGCUGGGAAGUUAAAUAUAUAUAUCAUUCUUUCU